AAUCGUGCGUGCAAAACUAAUAAAUCUCUUCCAGCAGCUCUACACUUACAACUUUUGCUUUAAAGUAUGAAAUAUCUAAUUGUAUAUACAGUUCUUAUUUGUCAUGUAGGAUUUUGUCAAGGAGCAGCGUUUAGUGAUCGAAUACUUGGAAAGAAGAAGACAGAAAAAAAAGAGUUUGAGUUUAUUAACCAUGAUAUCAUUUCCAAACGGCAAUUUAUUCCUGCUAUACCAAACUACGAACCUCCAGCUCAAUUUCAAUACGCUCCUCAACAAAAUAUUUGGGAGAAUGUUAACACUUGGCACCCAGAAGCCAACAAUUGGCCUCCAGAAAUGAAUAACUUUUCACCUGAAGCAGAAAAAAAUGAUUUACAAAAGACAAACUUGCCUAGCUCGGCAUUAAAUAUACCUGAAAGUGAAGAAAAUGCUGAGGCAGCAUAUAAAGGUUUAUCAUAUUACAUUGGAAGUACUAUUAAUAAUAAAGUAGAUUUUCCUCCGGGCUUUCCUGUAGCUCUUGAAGUUGACAAAGAAAAAAGUAAUUACGAAGAAGAGGAGAUGAAACUAUCAAGUCAGUCAACAAAAUCGCAAAAAGCCUUAGGUAGGAACGAAAUUAUAGCUAACUUUACAACAAUUGUUGACUAUAGUAAUUCCCAUGAAAAUACGGGAACGCUUCAGUCAACAACUACGCCAUCGACGACAACUUCAACAUCUACAACGGUAACAACAAAAACAACAAGUAAGUCUACAAAGGAAGAUUUACCUGAUGAAAGUGGUAACAUCAAAGGUACUGUUUGCUACUUACCACGAGUUGUUGUAACUACUAGACUUGUCGGUUACACUGUUAUAAAUGAAGUUAAAAUAUAUACAAGCCCAAGAGACGAAAAUUCCGUCCACAGUUUUGUAUCAAGUCACGAAGUUUCUGAUGCUGCUUCAAAAGUAACCCACGAAUUUGUUUUACCUCCAGAAUUUAUUGUUGAGAAACCAUUAUCUAAAUCAGAUAUGAAGUUUUACAAUAAUGUUCCGGUUAUGCUGACUAGCUCACGUAUUGAAGGAAACCAUGUUGGCUAUCCUAUAUGUAUUAGUGAACCCUGUGUAAAAAGGACUGAAGAAAGUUUUGGUCCAACUUACAAUCCGUUUCUACCUACGACAAAAACCCAAGUAAAACUAGAUAAAACAACAACCGGUACAACGACCGAAAUUCCUAAAACAACAACUACAACAAUAACAACAUCAACAACACCAAAAAAUUUAUCUUUAAUUACCAAAAUUCCAUUUGCAAUUAAAAAAUCGUUGGAUGCAAAAGUAAAUAAACCAGUUGAACCAAAAAAACGGUUUAGUAUUGAACAAAUUAAUUAUGAAGCAAGGCAUCGAAAUGCGCUCUUUGAUGUUCCUGGAGGGGACUCGUCAGCAUUUAGUGGGUAUCAAAUACUAGGUCCCCCAGACGUUCAACAAGUUUGGAUUAAAACAGCAGCAAAAAAAUAAUAUAAAAGUAUGAUUAUUUGAUUUAAUUUUUGAAACGGUGAUUUUUUUAUUGUUCCAAAUUUAUUUGUCAAUAACAAUCUCCUUAAACUGAUAUAUUUGCUUAGCACCUGUAAAUAUACUUUUUCAAAUAAUUUGGAUUAGAAUAUAAUAACAAGUACAUAUAACUAUAAUAAAACAUACAACUAUAUAAAAGCGUAUAACUAUAUAUAUAAAAUUUUUUAUUAUCUAAAAGUAUUUAAAAAAAAACUAACAAUAGAGUAAUUCAAAGCUACGCCACAUUAUUAUUCUAUUGUAAAUUACCUAACAGAACGAAAUAGAAGAAGGAACAAAAAUAUAGUUUUAUUUAGAAAUUUUAAUUAUAAGAUUUUUGAACUAAAUGAUUUUAUAUAUAAAUAAAUAUAUGAUUGUAAUAUGAAUAUUUGACAAAAAUGUUGUAAGAUUAUUUUGAGUUUUAAAUUUUAAAAACAAAGAUAGAUAAAUAGGCAACUGGCA